AUGAACCCAGCCAAUUAUAGAGAGGCCCUUGUUGAGGUUCACGAAGAUGAGUCUGAAGGAGCUGAUAUUCUUCUGGUGAAACCAGGUCUGCCUUACUUGGAUAUCAUAAGGCUUCUUCAGGAUAAUUCUCCUUUACCAAUUGCUGCAUAUCAGGUAUUUUCAAUUUUUUUUUUUGUUCUGUGCCCUCUGAUUCUGGUUUUCUAAUGUCAUCCGUACAUUCUAGAGUGGAAUGAACACAAAUGCACAAAUAAACAUGCGUUCAGACAUGUACACACAUUUCUUACAGUGCGAACAUAUUGCUUAAUAUAUACAUCUAUAAACGUACAUAAGCUUGUAAAUGCUGUAGGGAUACAUAUAAAUUGGAUAAAAACACUAACAGGUACAUGUAUAUGUGAACGUGUGUGGGUUUCUUUGGUGUCUAUACCUGCAUGUGCUGUAAAUAUUAUUUUUUUCGGUAGAUAAUGUACUAAAAGUUUCUGCGCAUACAGGCCCCUAUUUUGGGCAUUACAAGUGUCCACUCAGAAAAUGACUUGUGGCGAAAACAUCUGUAAGUCAUUUUCCGGAUUUGUAAGCUAUUUUUUUGGAAAUUGUUUUCACGCAGCAAACUCCAGAGUUCUAAGGAAAUUUUGAUGAUAGAGACAUGCUGUUCCUAAGAUGCAGAUCAGAUUUUCGUGUUUUGAGCUACUUAUUGUUCCCGCAAGUAUUCCUCCCUCCUAUAAGAGAACAUGAUCUUCAGGACAUUAAGUACUCAUGCUGGAAAAGACCAGAAAUCCACCAAACAAUGAACAAGAUUGAAAGAGAGAAAUAAUUCCAUGUCUUCAGCAGUGAACGAUAGAAAAGACAUAAAUGUUAAAAACAAAAAGUAGAGAAGAGUCUUUCUAUACAUAUUUGUCAAACUCCCAAGCAACCUCUGGCAUAUCUGGAACCAAUUGGAAGAUGAGGUUCAAAAGCAAUACUUAAGAGUGGAAUGCUCAAAUUUCUCACAGCUGGGGCAGCUCUCAUGAAACAAAUGGUGCUUAUAAUUUGGGGGAUUUCCUUUUCUGAUUGUUUUGCUUCUUGUGAUAGUGCUUGUAUUUUGUUGUUUUUCUUUCUUUUUUUGGAAUAGCUGCCUUUCAUCCUCAAAAUGAUUCAGUUUAAUUCUGUUUCAGUGUAAUAUCUUCCCCCUGUUUUCAAUUUCCUUGCUUUUUUGGAUCCAGGUGUCAGGAGAAUACUCAAUGAUCAAGGCUGGUGGGGUUCUUAAAAUGAUUGGCGAAGAAAGGGUAAUGAUGGAGUCACUGAUGUGUCUCUGACGGGCAGGUGCUGAUGUCAUCCUUACAUACUUUGCUUUACAAGCAGGUAGAUGUUUAUGCGGUGAGAUGUAAUUGGUAGAAUCAGGUUUUGCUGAUGUGAACCACACGGAAAUUUAAUGUAUUUGAUUCGUGUAUGUGACAAGAUAAUUAAGCAAAAGUUUAGAAGGGAAAAUGGUUAGGAGUGUCAAUUUGUUGUCUGGUCGUACUGUCUUAAAACUGUAAUAAAAAAAUGUACAAGCUAAGAUGAAUUUAUGUAAUGUUCUACCAGAGAAAAUGAUAAUGGGUUUGCU